AUGCCAGUCUACGUCAUUACCGGGGCACGCACCGGAAUCGGCCUCGAAUACGUCCGCCAGCUAUCUCGCGCCGUCCCUCCCCAAAGCAACACCAUCUUCGCCGUCGUGCGAAAGCUCGACAGCGACCUCACCGCCCUGCGCGCGGUGCAAUCCUCCGUCCCGAACCCCGAAACAAAAGUGCACAUCGUAGAAUGCGACAUCUCUUCCCCGGCCUCCAUUGCCGCCCUGCCGGACCGCAUCCGCAACGCCAACCCAUCCAACCCGGCAGCGGAAAUCCGCAUCGACACGCUCAUCAACAACGCAGCGACCUUGCAUUCCCGCGAGGAAACCGCCCUGUCGCUGACCCCAUCCGCGCUCCAGUCCCACAUCGCCAGUAACGUGCUCGGCCCGGCCCUGGUCCUGCAGGCGCUCCUGCCCUUGCUCUCGCCGCGCGCCAAGGUGGCCAACGUCUCCUCGGGCAUCGCCAGCAUGGCGCUGGUGAGGGACGGGAGCAUCAAAGCCGAGAUCACGCCGUACAGCGUCAGCAAGGCCGCGCUGAAUAUGCUGACGGUGCACCAGGCGCGCCAGCUGAGGGGGAUUGAUGCGUAUAAGGAGGUUGUGGUUGUGGCGGUUGAUCCGGGGCAUGUCAAGACUGAGAUGGGGGGGCCGAAUGCCGUCGUUGAGGUGGCUGAUAGUGCCAGCGGGGUGUUGAAGGUGUUGGAGGGGCUUGGGGUGAAGGAUACCGGGAGGUUUCUGUUGUAUACAGGGGCGGAGCUGCCUUGGUGA